AAAUAAACACACGUUCCUGUAUUGGCUGAAAAUGGCAGCCACAGGAGCCGGGUCUCCCAGCCGGUUGGUCCAGUAUGUGGUUGUUCGGUCGGAUCUGGUCCACAAGCUGUCCUGGCCACUGGGAGCAGUUAUAACUCAGGCCUGUCAUGCUGCCACCGCCGCCAUUCACCUUCACUACGGAGACCCGGACACACAGCAGUACCUGGCAGAGCUGGACUCAAUGCAUAAAGUGGUGCUUGGGGCUCCAGACGAGACCGCCCUCUCCAGUCUAUCAGAGAAUCUAACACAGGCUGGUGUGGCCCACAAGCUUUGGAUCGAACAACCAGAGAACAUCCCCACCUGCUUGGCUCUGAAGCCAUGUCCAAAAGAGACUGUCCAGCCGCUGCUGCGCAAGUUCAAACUCUUCAAAUGACAGCCCUAAAAGACAUUGUCCAGCUAUGAACUACAGAGCAUGUCAGCAAAGAAGAAGCCACAUGUCUAAUUGCAUCUAACAGUUGUGCUCUUACUGACGGCGCCACAGCAUUUGUCAGUACAUCCAAACAUCUGUAAUUUCCAAGAUUAAAGCUGGAAAAUAUAAUUUUCUUUUCUUGUUUAAUUUGUUCAGGUGGUAAAAACCCCAAAAAGGCUGCAUUUGUCUUGUAAUUGUGAUAUUUUAUGUUAGUAUAGCUAGAUACUAAAGUAGGUCAUUGAUAUUGCCACAGUAUGUUAACACAACUAAGUAGGUGAGUUGUACUUACAUAUAUACAUUUCCACACAAAAAAGCUGGAUGGCACCAGCUACUGCUAUUAAAGGUUUGACUUGUAGUCACAAAACAUUAUUACAGUUCUCAAGUGGUGUAAUCUAAUCUUUCAUUAACAUAUAAAGUAAUUAAACCAUCCUUGUUUAAUACAUUGUAAUUGAAGUGUAUGUUAUCUUGUUGCCAAUCCUCAACUUAAGGACAUAAAAGUUAUCGGCUUA